AUGCAGCGAGUGUGGAAAGAAGUUUUUUCGACCUGGUCAUCUAAAAUUCAUAUGAGAGUGCACACAGGAGAAAGGCCAUAUUCAUGCAGUGAGUGUGGAAAGAAGUUUACUCAAUCUGGUGCUCUAAGAGUCUAUACGAGAAUGCACACAGAAGAAAAGCCAUAUCAUAGUUUUCAUCGAAAAGAAGAGAAAAACCAUUGUGAAAAUCAUGGAGAACUCUUUCAUUUUGUGGCACAAGUUAAGACACCAAACAGUUCGCACUCAAGAAGACACGUGUUUAGUGAUAGAAGCUUAUUCACAUUUCUAUCCAUUCCUGCCAAUGGUGUUUGCAGCUCAUCUGUUGCUUUCUCUAUGUUUCACCAUCCCACUAUAGCUGUGACAUAUGGUGUAACUGUGUCUACAGUUGACUAUUUGCAUCAUCAAGUGGGAAUCAUUCACGGCUACAUCAGCCCUACCACUGUAUUUAUCACAUCUCGACUGACCGCCAAACUGUUAGAUCCAGCAGCAUCUUGUCUCAUGCAUGAUAAGAUAUGUCAACGUGCUGAUGUCGUCAUUUUUGGAGUAUGA